UCUCUCUCUCUCUGAUACACUUUUAUGUCUGUUAACAGUUUUUUCAGUUAAAGAGAGAAAUUAUUAUUUAUUUGGUGAGAAUAAUUUUGAUUUAUAUUUUUUAAUUAUUUUAAUUCUAUUCUAUUUCUGUUUCAUUUGUGUCUAUUGGUGUGUUUUCUGUGUAUACAUUAAACAUAAUGUACCAUAAAGGUAAAAAUCCACCGCCACCAUCGGAUAAACAAGCUCAUGAGAAAUUGGUUCAACAUGUACAUGAGUUUUUAGUUCACACUGGUGCUUCUAAAGCGGCAUCCACAUUCCUAAAUGAGAUAAAUUGGCCGAAACAAGUAACUGUAAAUGAACCACCGGGUUUUUUAUUAAGUUGGUGGAGUGUCUUUUGGGAUCUUUACUGUGCAGCACCUGAAAGAAGAGAUAUGUAUGAACAUUCACAAGAAGCAAAAUCUUUCCAUGAUUAUAGUUGCAUGAAUUCACAACAAUACCCGAUGAAUGGUAUGCCUCCAAAUGAUGGUUUAUCCGGACCCGGUGGUUUCUUUCCACAUCAAAAUUCCCAUUUAAGACCUUCACCACCUCAACAACAGCCACCACAACAACAGCCUCCCCCACCUCCUCCACCUCCACAUAGCCAAAUGAUACAAAAUCAAGGAUUCAUGUCACCAAGAUAUCCAGGUGGACCUCGGCCUGUACGAAUGCCUCCACAACAUGAAUUUAAUGGUCCACCAGUUUCUGGUGGUUCAGGUCCAGGUACACCAUUAAUGCCCAAUCAGGGUGAUGGAGGUGAUUAUGGUUGGCAAAAUCCACCAGGAUUAAAUCCAAUGAAUCAUAGAAUGAAUCCACCAAGAGGUCAACCAAUGGGUCCAGGACCAGGUCCAAUGAAUUAUGGAGGUAUGAGAGGUCCACCACCAAAUCAAUCGAUAGGACCUGUACAUGGAAUGCCACCGGGAGUAUCUAUGGGUGGACCAGGACCAGGACCGGGACAGGGUGGACCUGGUGGACGACCAUGGCAACCAAAUACAAAUAUGAAUUAUUCCUCACCAUCGCCUGCAAAUAAUUACGGUCCACCUUUAUCGGGUGGUCAAGUCUCAGGAGGACCUGGUCAAGGAGAUGGAAUGUAUCCAGUAAUGAAACCUGGUGGUGGAAAUAUACCAGGGUUUCAAAUGGGACAUGGUCAAGGACCUGAAGGUCCAAUGGGCCAAUUAGGUUCUGAUCUUGGUGGUCCACCAAUGUCAUCCGGAGGUAAUGGUCUUGAUGGAAUGAAAAAUUCACCCGCCAAUGGUCCAGGGACACCAAGGGAAGACGGUGUUGGAGUGCCAAUGCCAGAAUAUGGUUAUGGACAAGAAAAUGAUCAAAAUGAAAGUGAAGCAAUAUUGAAAAUUAAAGAAAGUAUGCAGGAAGAGGCAAAGAAGUUCGAGAAGGACACUCCAAAUGACCAUCCAGAAAGUUUUAAUAUCCCAUUCUAAUUGUGUUGGCAUAAGGAAAACAAAUGAUUUAUAUAAGUAAAGAAAGAGAAAAGCAAAAAAAAAUAAGGAUUAAAUUAUCAAUUUAAAAAUUUCAUGUCAACAUUUUCUCCUGACAGACAUUCAACUUUGUUGAAUAUAAAACAAAAACUCCAGCACCAAACACCAAAUACCAUCAACGUCAACAACUACAUCUACAUUUACAUCAACAAAAAUCAUCAUCAACAUCUCUCUCUCUCUCUCUUUCUCCUUCUUUCUAUCUGCUAUUCUAUCUCAUUUCUCUUCCUCUGCCCUUUCCUUUCUCAACUUCAUUCCUCUUUUUUUCUCUCUUUCCUCUAUUCCAUAUUCUCUUCCAUUCUCGUUCUGAUUCCAUUUUGCUUUAAUCUUUUUUUGCUCCUUCUCUCUUUUCACUUUGCUUUCUAUCUCCCUCUCACUCUCGCUUUCUCCUUCGCUCUCCUUCGCUCUCCAUCUUCUCUUCCUAUUCUCUUUCCUUUUUUUCGCUUUUCGCUCUCAGACAUUGUAACAAUUAAUACUUUUAUCGCUAUCUCAUAAUUAAACAAUGUAAACAUUCAA